UUCCAGCCCGGGCGCGGGGCGUGUGUCGCGGGCUCGGCGGGCUCGGCGGGCUCCAGCUCUCCCCGUGCAGCCCACAGACCCCGCUCCGCCCUCCCUCAUCUCUUCCCGGCCAUGGAGGCGUUGGUGUUCUCCCGGCGCCCGGGCCUGGCUCCCGCGGCCGCCGGCGUCCCCCUGGCCGCCGAGCCCGGCCGGCCGCUGGCGGAGGGGCUCCUCAAGUCGCCCAAGCCCCUGAUGAAGAAGCAGGCGGUGAAGCGGCACCACCACAAGCACAACCUGCGGCACCGCUACGAGUUCCUGGAGACCCUGGGCAAGGGCGCCUACGGCAAGGUGAAGAAGGCGCGCGAGGGCUCGGGGCGCCUGGUGGCCAUCAAGUCAAUCAGGAAAGACAAAAUUAAGGAUGAGCAAGAUUUACUGCACAUACGGCGAGAGAUUGAAAUCAUGUCGUCACUCAACCACCCCCACAUCAUUGCCAUCCAUGAAGUGUUUGAGAACAGUAGCAAGAUCGUGAUUGUCAUGGAAUAUGCCAGCCGGGGAGACCUGUAUGACUAUAUCAGCGAGCGGCAGCGUCUGAGUGAGCGCGACGCCCGGCAUUUCUUCCGGCAGAUCGUCUCCGCUGUAUACUACUGUCACCAGAAUGGGAUUGUCCACCGUGAUCUCAAGCUAGAGAACAUCCUCUUAGACGCCAAUGGAAACAUCAAGAUUGCUGACUUUGGUCUCUCGAACCUCUACCACCAAGGCAAGUUCCUACAGACGUUCUGCGGGAGCCCUCUCUACGCCUCCCCCGAGAUCGUCAACGGGAAGCCCUACAUGGGCCCAGAGGUGGACAGCUGGUCGCUGGGUGUCCUACUUUACAUCCUGGUACACGGCACCAUGCCCUUCGAUGGGCAGGAUCAUAAGACGCUAGUGAGGCAGAUCAGUGACGGAGCCUACCGGGAGCCACCCAAACCCUCUGAUGCCUGUGGCCUUAUCCGGUGGCUAUUAAUGGUGAACCCCACCCGCCGAGCCACACUAGAGGAUGUGGCCAGCCAUUGGUGGGUCAACUGGGGUUACACCACCCGUGUGGGGGAGCAGGAAACUCCGCGAGACAGUGGGCACCCUGGCAGCGACUCUGCCCGCGCCUCCAUGGCUGACUGGCUCCGCCGUUCUUCUCGCCCCCUCCUGGAGAACGGAGCCAGGGUGUGCAGCUUCUUCAAGCAGCAUGCCCCUGGAGCUGCCGUGCCAAGCCUGGAACGCCAGCAUUCGCUCAAGAAGUCCCGCAAGGAGAACGCCAUGGCCCAGUCUCUGCAGGGGGACCCCGCCGAGGACGCCUCCCCUCCUCGCCCUAGUAAGAACAAUCUCAAGCUGCCAAAAGGCAUCCUCAAAAAGAAGCCCUGCACCUCCACCUCUUCCUCUUGCUCCUCCGAGGGGGUACGGGAGGCCCCUCAAGAACUCGGCCCUGUUGUUUCCCACAAUCCAGGGCAGACGGCCCCCCUCCUCCCCAAGAAGGGCAUCCUCAAGAACUCACGCCAGCGCGAGUCUGGCUACUAUUCCUCCCCGGAGCCCAGCGAGUCCGGUGAGCUCUUGGAUGCAGGCGAUGUGUUUGUGAGUGGGGACCCCGUGGAACAGAAGCCCCCCGAAGCCUCGGAGCUGCUUCUGCACCCCAAGGGUAUUCUCAAACUCAACGGCAAGUUCUCCCGCACGAACUUGGAGCUCCCGGCCCCCCCAACCUUCGGCUCCCUGGACCAGCUGGCCUCCCCUCGCCCCCCACCUCGGGCCAGCCGCCCAUCGGGGGCCGUGAGUGAGGACAGCAUCUUGUCCUCUGAGUCCUUUGACCAGCUGGACUUGCCGGAGAGACUCCCCGAGACUCCUCUGCGGGGCUGUGUAUCUGUGGACAACCUCCUGGGGCUGGAGGAGCCCCUUCCCGAGGACUCUGGCAGCUGCCUGAGGCGCUGGCGGCGGGACCCUCUGGGGGAGAGCUGCUUUUCCCUCACAGACUGCCAGGAAGUGACCGCAGCUUACCGGAAGGCACUGGGGAUCUGCUCAAAGCUCAGCUGAGGGGGACAGAGCUGUGGCCCCCGUCUGGGCAGGCUCUGAGAUGCAACUGGCUGUGCCCUGAAGGGAGAGAGCUUCUCUCCCCUGCCUCCAGGACCAGCAUCCCAGCUCAAAAGUAGCCAGGGUUUGCUGGAGUUCCUGGGGAGCCAGCGCCUCAGGCCGGCUUCCCUGGACUGGGGAGGGCAGGACAGGAGAGCAGGCAAACGAAGUGUGGAAGGCUUCAGGAUUUCAGCCCUACUGAGCCAGCAAGGGGAUUCAGGGAAAGAGUAGAGAUGCAGGGGGCACCGAGGAAGGCCCAGCCAGAGUCCUGGUUGGGCCAAUGAAAGGCUACAGAGACCUAGAAAGGUUGCUUACGCCAUUAGCACCUGCUGCCUAUGCUGCUUGAGUUACGCUUAUUGCCAUCCAAGCCCCACCCCUUCCUCCUCAUUCUCUGCCAAAGUGGAGCCCUGUCUUUACCCAGUUCCCAGCAUUGAUAUGGCAGCCUCAGGUGCCUGGGGAAUUCUGGGUGUAAAAGGAAGCAACCUCACAGAGGCUGCCUCCUCUUUCCAUCCUCCAAACCUGGCCUGAGCCUCCUGGAGUUGCUGCUAUGGAUCUAAGACUUGAAAAGACUUUGGCUGCUGUUUGAUUUCAUCAUCUCAAGGGGCCCAGACUCCUCCGGACCUCACAUUCUCCAGCAUCUGCCUCUAAGCUGUUCCUCAAGUCUACACUGUGGAUGUGUCUAUUUCCCUGGGCUUGAAGGGUCCUAGAAUGUAUUUAUUUAUUUUGUAAUGUUCUCAGUUGUAUGUGUGUGUGUGUGUGUGUGUGUGUGUGUGUGUGUGUCUGUCUGUCUGUCUGUCUGUCUGUCUGUUUGUCUGUCUGUCUCAUUGUUCUCGAUAAUGUGAAAGCUCUGGGAAGUCCUCUACCGUGUCUCAUCCUCAUGUACACAUAAUCCCCUCUCAUCAGGGGUGGGGGUCCCUCUCAGCCCCUCACAUCGCUCACUUACACUGUCUGGAGAUGGGUCUCAGGUCCCUUUGCUCCACAGACCAGAAAAGAACCGUUCCAUUAAAAGCAGAAUGGUGAUUGAAAAACA